AUGGCGUCUCUGUAUAAUCAAAUCCCUUCUGUAUCCGCAGUUUUCGCUUUCUACUCAUCAUUUUCUGCAAUCACGGUGCUUUUCCGUAGAAUCAUGGACGAUUUUGUUCCCAAGCGAUUCCGAGAUUACGUCGCUUUGAAAGUUGAGGACUUCUUCUCUUAUUAUUUUCGUUUUAGGUCGAGCGUCACGUUUGUGAUAGAGGAACGGUGGGAGUAUGUGGACAACCAGACUUUCCGUGCGGCUGAAGUUUACUUACCGACGCGUCUCGCCAGACUCUCCACCGGAAAACUCGUCGUGGGUUCAAGCAGUCUCAAGAAUCCAACGAAUCACCUGAAACUCGGAAUUCCAAUCAACACAGUUAUCAUAGAUGAGUUUGAAGGGAUUCAUCUCAAGUGGACUCUACACUCUUCUGAAACUAAGUUUUAUGCCUACGAGAAACGGUGCUUUUAUCUGACAUGUAAGAAAGAGUUUCGUGAGCAGAUAAUGACAGAUUACUUCACAUACUUGGCGAAAUCAGCAGAGAAUAUAAUGGGCCAUCGUGAGAAUCUCAAGAUCUAUACUUACAACCAAGAACGGUAUCAAUGGCAACCCGCCAAUUUCGAGCACCACACGACCUUUGAGACCUUAGCCAUCGAGCCGCACCUCAAGAAAACCUUGAUCGACGAUCUUGAGUCUUUCUCUAAAGGAAAAGACUACUUCAAGAGCGUGGGACGUGCCUGGAAACGCGGAUAUCUUCUUUACGGUCCACCGGGUACUGGAAAAUCUUCCAUGGUGGCUGCAAUUGCUAAUCACAUGAAGUAUCAUAUCUAUGAUCUCCAGCUUCAGAGCGUUAAAGACGAUGCUGAGUUGCGGAAGAUUCUCACCUCCACAAAGAACCGGUCAAUUCUUCUCAUCGAAGACAUUGAUUUUGGAUCUGAUGCUUCUCGUAAACGCCAGACCAAUGAUAAAGAAAAGGAUGGUGAGCCCCAAAAGGACAAGAAGAAGUUUGAAGUUGGGGUAUCUUUGUCUGGUCUGUUGAACUUUGUAGACGGGCUUUGGUCGAGCUGCGGAGAAGAAAGAAUCAUAAUUUUCACAACCAAUCACAAGGAGAAGCUUGACCCGGCUUUGCUGAGGCCAGGAAGAAUGGACAUUCAUAUUCUUAUGGACUAUUGCACGCCCUUUGUUUUCAAGAAGCUUAUGGCUAUGUACCUCAAGAUUGAUGACCACGUAUUGUUUGAUCCCAUUGAGAAGCUUGUCUUUGAGGUGAGUGUAACUCCGGCAGAAGUCGCACAGCAGCUCAUGGCGAGUAAGAAUGCUGAUAUUGCGCUCAAAGGUCUACUCGAAUCCCUGGAAACCAAGAAGAUGAGAAAGGAAGAAGAUACCAGAGUGGAGGGAGAGGGUGAUAUCGAAGAUCCGGAGACAAAAUAA